AUGGGGUCCAUCCAGCAAGACCCCACCUCGCCCAUCGACCCGGCGCAGAGGCCGGCGGUGGUUAAUUAUAACCUGCACGCGUCGACGACGGUGCCGCGGCCCAUUGCGCUGGUGGGAACGGUGGACGGCGACGGGAGGCCGAACCUGACGCCGUUUUCGUACUGGCAGAAUGUGACGAUGGAUGCGAGACGCCGGGCCACACGCUCAGCAACAUCCUCACGACGGGCGGGUGUGCCUUGA